CAUAUGUCGGUACGUUUUGCCUAAAAAUCGUUUUCUUCAACAAUUAGCAUAUUCCUGAUUUUUUAUAAUUACCACUUUCCAGAAUUACAAUAAAUAAUUUUCAUAAUGUCCGAUGACGAAAUGGAAAAAUUUGAAAUCACCGACUAUGAUCUGGAGAACGAAUUUAACCCUAACAGAGCCCGUAAAAAAUUCAGUAAACAUCAUCAGAUUUAUGGCAUAUGGGCCGAUGAUAGCGACAAUGAAGAUGAUAAAAAUUCUUACAAGCAAAAGAAACAACAACCUAAGAAUUACUCUGCGCCCAUAGGUUUUGUUGCAGGCGGUAUACACCAAGUAGGUAAAAAGAAAGACAAGGAUGUUAAGAAGGAAGAAACGGAGGAGGAUGAACCAAUGUCUUCAUUUAAAACGAGAGACAGUUCAGACGAAUCUGAAACUGAUGUUCCAGUUAGAUCAGGUUUUGGUAUGGGCACUUCCAAAAAGCAACCAACUCAAUCCACAAUGACUGAAAUAAAUGCAGAUAUUGCUGGAUUGAGGACCAAAAGUGCAGUUAACCCUGCUUUAAUUAAUAAGGGUGUGGGACACUGGGAGAAGCACACCAAGGGCAUAGGAGCGAAAUUGUUGUUGCAAAUGGGCUUCCAACCUGGCAAGGGUUUGGGCAAAGACUUGCAGGGUAUACAGGCGCCUGUAGAGGCCCAUCUGAGAAAGGGGAGGGGUGCUAUUGGGGCAUAUGGGCCGGAAAAAUUGGCUAGUAUACCUAAAAUGAAGGACAAGGCUAUAAAAUCUGAGUUUGAUAAGGAGAUUGAGGGGCCAAAGGGGGAGUCAAAAUGGAAGAAAACAGAGUUGUUGAACAAGAAGAGCAGAUACUAUUACAGAAGCGUUGACGAUGUUAUUGAAAAAGGUAAACGUCCAGGAGCUUAUAGAAAUUUGGGAAUUGCAAGCGAACUCAGUAAAGUCAAGGUCAUAGACAUGACCGGUCCUCAACAGAGAGUACUAAGCGGAUAUCACGCUCUUAGCGGUCUCAAGGCGCCACCAGGUGUUGAACAUUAUGAGGACGUUGUGCACAAAAAAUGUUCCAAUUUCGCCCUACCAGAAAUCCAACACAAUCUUGACUUGUUGGUCGACAUGUGCGAACAAGAUAUAAUAAAGAUAGACAGGAACAGUAGGAUAAACGAGGAUAAAAUCAUGGCGUUGGAACAAGAGGAGAAAUCUUUGAAGGAUGUGUUAAGGAAGGAGGAUGAGAUGAUUGAUAAUUUGAAUUCUGUUAUGGGUAUUGUUGACAAGUUGAUGGACAGUUCUCAGACGUAUUCGUUGGGUCAGAUUGCGAAUAUAUUUAAAAGUUUACAGGACAACCAUUUUGAAGAAUAUAAUCUAUACGAACUCGGCGAACUAGCGCCCGGCCUAAUCGGCCCUCUACUGACAUCGGCACUAGCCAAUUGGAAUCCCUUGGUCAAUCCCGAGCAGUACCUCGACGUCUAUGGGCAGUGGCAGGACAUAUUAUUGACGCCACGCCAUCGUGGGAUUCUAGAAGGUAAUAAAAUGGGAAUACAGCCAUACGAUAGUCUCAUUUGGCACACUUGGAUGCCUGUUAUGAGAACUUGCGUUAGUUUGUGGAAUACGCGCGAUUGCGAUCCGCUUAUAACCGCUAUAGAAACGUGGAAACCUCUAUUGCCCGAUUGGAUCGUAGAAAAUAUUAUUAGCCAAUUGUUGAUGCCCAAGAUAAUUAAAGAAGUGAACGAUUGGAACCCUCUAACCGACACGACACCCAUACACGUCUGGAUACACCCCUGGAUACCAUUAUUAGAUGAGAAGCUGCAAGCCACCGUUUACCCAGUAAUUCAAGAAAAACUCGGGAACGCUCUGACGAACUGGCACCCCUCGGACAGAUCGGCGAAGUUGAUGCUGCAACCGUGGCAGAGGGCGCUUUCUCAAGGAGCGUUCGUCGCUUUUCUUUUGAAACAUAUCGUACCCAAGCUGCAGAUAUGCAUGCAAUCGUUGGCCAUUAAUCCUCAUCAGCAACAUUUAGAUGCCUGGCAUUGGGUGAUGGAUUGGAGCGACAUGCUAUCCGUCGGCAACAUGACGUUAAUUUUGGAUAAAUUCUUCUUUCCGAGGUGGUUGCAAACGUUGGCCGUCUGGUUGAAUCACAAUCCCAAUUACACGCAAGUUACCGAAUGGUAUUCGGGAUGGAAGAGGAUGGUUUCUGACGAAUUACUCAAUCAACCGAGUAUAAAAGAAAAUUUCCAUAAAGCCCUCGAAAUGAUGAACAGAGCCGUCAACAUUGGCCAACAACCUGGUGCUAAAGAAUCAAUUUCGUACCUGAAAAACAUAGAGGAAAACGGUAUUACCCCAUCACCAGCAUCGCAACCAAGAGUCGAGACUAUCGCGGAAGCUAUGAAGACCGCCUCGAAGAUCCCUCAAGGCUUCAAAGAUCUCGUGAUGAAGAAGUGCGAGGAUAGAGGCCUCCUGUUUGUACCGAUGGCGAACAAAUAUCACGAAGCCAAGCAAGUGUACAAGAUCGGAUCGAACGGGAUGCAGUGUUACAUUGAUAGAAACGUCAUUUUUUAUUCGCAAAAUAACUCUACUUGGAUACCAACUUCAUUGAAUAAGCUGUUGGAUUCAGCGUAAAUGCAAAACAAUUAAUUUAUAAUGUAGGAUUUAAGUUUUUUUUGUAUAUAAAUGUGUAAAAUAUACUUAAUUUGAUUUUUCAAAA